GUUCGUUACAUUACCAUGGGUAUUCUCCUCUUCUCCUUUCUUCUUCUAGUCUUGUCGUUUCUGUUCUUCCCAAACAUGGCUUCCAAAUCCACGGUCUUUGAGCCGCGAAUGGUCAAACGGCCACCUUUCACCGUGGAGGUAUCAGGCAGCCCUCAAGUCGAGGGCGAGACAAUACCUAGACGCAAUGCCAACUAUGCUAAGAAACUGCUUUCUCGGCCCGAAGAAAGCAUCGCGACGAUAUACGACAUAGUGAAGCAUGGAGCCUCCAAGUUCGGGGACCAGAAAGCGAUAGGAUCACGGACUUUAAUCAAGAAGCAUCACGAGACCAAGAAGGUCAAGAAGAUGGUCAAUGGAGAAGUGCAGGAUGUCGAUAAAAGCUGGACUUAUUUUGAGCUGAGCGGGUAUAAGUAUCUGAGUUUCAAGGAGUAUGAGACGCAGGUGUUGCAACUGGGGGCUGGAUUCCGGAAACUCGGUCUUGAGGCCCCGGACAGGGUGCACAUGUUUGCUUCGACGAGUGCACAUUGGCUCGCCGUUGCACACGGUGCGAUGUCUCAAUCCAUGGCUAUCGUCACUGCCUACGAAACCCUCGGUGAGGAAGGACUCCGGCAUUCACUGCUUGCCACGAAGGCGAAGGCUAUUUUCCUGGAACCGCAGUUACUGAAGACUUUGAUCAACACCCUGAAAGAUGCUAAGGACAUCGAAGUCAUCAUUCACAACACAGAUAGCGAACAUGAGAUUCGACAGGAGGAUUUAGAUGUCCUCAAAAACUCUCACGAGCAUUUGACGGUCAUCAGUUUUGAGGAGUUGCGUCAACUUGGAGAAUCGAAUCCUGUCCCUGCAACGCCGCCGAAGCCGGAAGAUCUGGCGUGUAUCAUGUACACUUCUGGAUCCGGCGGGACUCCAAAAGGAGUGGAGUUGAAGCAUGCAAAUGUUGUAGCGGCUGUCGCCGGAGGAAACAGUGUUUUCGGGGAGUACAUAGGCCCCGGUGAUUGUUUGCUAUCAUAUCUCCCUCUAGCCCACAUAUUUGAAUUCGUGUUUGAGAACUUAUGUAUCUAUUGGGGUGGAACAAUGGGCUAUGGCUCACCUCGGACCUUGUCGGAAGCCAAUGUCAGGAAUUGCAAAGGUGAUAUCCAGGAGUUGAAACCGACGUUGUUAGUUGGUAUACCCGCUGUUUGGGAGACUGUUAAGAAGGGGAUUAUUGCGAACGUGAGUCGAGGGGGAAGGAUUGUGGAGAGCCUUUUCUGGUCGGCGUUUUAUACGAAGAGGUUUCUCAUGGCGAAUGGACUUCCUGGAAGUUUCUUGUUAGACUCCAUUGUUUUUAACAAGGUCAAGGAAGCAACGGGAGGACGGUUGAGAUUCUGCUUCAACGGUGCAGCUCCCAUUGCAAGGGAAACACAGGAGUUCAUCUCUUUGGCCGUCACCCCGAUGGUCAGCGGAUACGGAUCGACUGAGACGGCGGCAAUGGGUGCACUAUGUGACCCCAAAGCCUGGACGGUCGAUGCUCUUGGCGGCAUUCCGGCGUGCAUUGAGAUCAAGCUUGUCGAUUUCCCAGAUGCGGGCUACUUCGCAACAAAUACCCCACGACCGCAAGGAGAAAUCUGGAUCCGAGGGCCUAGCAUCACGGAAGGAUAUUAUCAAAAUGAGGAAGAGACGAAAGCUGCGUUUGAGGGAGGAUGGUUCAAGACGGGAGAUAUUGGGGAGUGGGAUGCAAACGGACAUCUCAAGAUUAUCGAUAGGAAGAAGAAUCUCGUGAAGACGUUGAAUGGAGAGUACAUUGCCUUAGAGAAGCUGGAAUCCGUGUAUCGCUCAGCAACCGUGGUGGCCAACAUCUGCGUCUACGCAUCGAUCACAGAAACGCAUCCCAUAGCCAUUAUCGUUCCUGCUGAGCCUGCUCUGAAGAAGCUCGCUGAUGCAAUUGGUGUGCAGGGCCACGGAAUCGGUGAUCUGGUCUAUGAUGAGAGAAUUCAGCAAGAAGUAUUGAAGCAGUUGCAAGCCGUGGGGAGAAAAGCUUCCUUCGCGGGUAUCGAAAUUAUUGCUGGUGUGGUGGUUGCGGAUGAAGAAUGGACGCCUCAAAAUAACAUGAUCACCGCAACCCUGAAACUGAACAGGAGGGGCAUUUUUGAGAGGCAUCGGAAAACCAUCGAGAUGGCGUACGCGAAGAACAAGUAGGCGAUGGAAUAACUACUUUCGUACUAUAGGUUCCUUUUAUCGUUGGAGAUUGGAGUCGACCGUUUGUCCCGAAAUACUUUUCGUGUUUUGCAAGGAAUACUAAAUACCCAGUUGCUCCAGGUGGCCGCCUAUCGGUUCCUCCGGAGCCUCAACUCUGCAUGGAGGUGGGGAAAUUGUUUUAAAGCUUAAAUACCGCACUCUUAUUGACCGCCAAUCGUUUUCAGAAAAAAGCGACAAGUUGAUGCGGGUGCUUGGCUGGGCUCAUCUCCCCCCGUUCGCCCCAGCCUCCCUCGUCUGGGUGCCUGGCCCGAAUCGAGCAGUUUGGCGUCCAUUCAGCUCCCUGAGUUUCGCGAAGUGGCGCCCUUUGGGCUGAUUAUGAGACAAAAGUAGGCCCAGUUUGUCGGAUGGCUUCGCCUUACUCAUGCAUAUCUCAGCUGACCAG